CACCAGUGCAGCUCUAUAAAAGCCAAACCAUGUUAUAAGCUGAACCAUCAGAGCUCCAAAACCUCAGCAUUGAUCAUGAAGCAUCCAAGUGCUGCAGUGGCCUUCUUUCUUUUGCUGGGCAUAUCGCGGUGUUUUGCCCUGCCAAUAUCCAUAUCAGAUGAAGACGACAGCGAUGAAUUCACGAGGGAGAAAUUCGAGUUAGCAGAGCGCUAUCUAAAGAGGCAUUACAACCUCCGGUCCAACCCGGCUGGGAUACAGAGGAAGGCAGGUGAUACUGUCACAUCCAAACUUCGAGAAAUGCAGGCAUUUUUUGGACUGGAAGUAACAGGCAAGCUCAACAAAGAGACGUAUGAACUAAUGCAACAGCCGCGGUGCGGGGUUCCUGAUAUUGGGGAAUACAACUUUUUCCCUCGAAAGCUGAAGUGGACUCACACUAAUAUAACUUACAGGAUUCUAAAUUACACCCCUGAUCUGAAAAAGUCUGAGGUCGACAGAGCAUUCAAGAAAGCGUUCAAGGUCUGGUCUGAUGUGACGCCACUCAACUUUACUAGAAUUCGCAAUGGUACUGCUGAUAUCAUGAUUUCUUUUGGAAGGAAAGAGCAUGGUGAUUUCUAUCCCUUUGAUGGACCUUCUGGGUUAUUAGCUCAUGCCUUCCCUCCUGGGCCAAAUUUUGGAGGAGAUGCUCAUUUUGAUGAAGACGAGCUGUGGUCUACAGAUUCCAAAGGAUAUAAUUUGUUUCUUGUGGCUGCCCACGAGUUUGGUCAUUCACUUGGACUUGAGCAUUCCAGAGACCCAGGAGCUUUGAUGUUUCCAAUUUACACAUACACUGGAAAUAAAGGCUUAUUGCUUCCAGAUGAUGACGUACAAGGGAUCCAGAUUCUAUAUGGUGCAGGAGACCACGACCCCCAUCCUGAUCACCCCAAAACGCCUGAGAAAUGUGAUGCAAACUUGACGCUGGAUGCUAUCACGGAGCUUCGAGGAGAAAUGGUGAUCUUCAAGGACAGGUUCUUCUGGCGCCUACAUCCUCAGAUGGUUGAGGCGGAUUUGGUACAAAUUAAGUCGUUUUGGCCAGAAAUCCCAAGCAAGAUUGACGCGGCUUAUGAGCAUCCUACCAACGACCAGGUGCUGCUAUUCAGGGGGAAGAAAGUCUGGGCUUUGAAUGCCUACGACAUAGUAGAGGGCUACCCUAAAAAGAUUUACGAAUUGGGCUUUCCAAGAUCUGUGAAGGGAGUCGAUGCCGCGGUCCACAUCAAAGAUACUGGCAAGACUCUCUUUUUCGCUGGAGAAAAAUACUGGAGUUAUGAUGAACAGAACCAAGUUAUGGAGAAAGGCUACCCUAGAUAUCUUGAGGAGGAUUUCCCUGGGAUUGGUCACCGAGUGGAUGCAGCUUAUGAGAAGAAUGGUUAUAUAUAUUUUUUCAAUGGACCACUGCAGUUCGAAUUCAACAUCUGGAGUGAAAGAAUUAUUCGGGUCUUGAACACCAACUCCAUUUUCUGGUGCUGAUUGCUCUGGAUCAGGUUCUGAACUGUGGGAAAAAAUGCCUUCCAUGAAAAAAUAUACUGUGGGUGUUUGGUUAUAUAUGUGUGUGUGUGUGUGAGAGAGAGAGAGAGAGAGAGAGAGAGAGAGAGAGAGAGAGAGAGAGAGAGAGAGAGAGAGAGAGAGAAGGUAAGGUAAAGGACAGCCUGGACUGUUAAGUCCAGUCAAAGACAACUAUGGGGUGUGCCACUCAUAUUGCUUUUCAGGCCGAGGUGAGUGGGCUCAGCUACAUUAGUAAAAAACAACAAUUUGAAUGCAUUAUAAACAUGCAACACCAGAUGGCGCCAGAGAGCAAAUUUUUUUUCUAUAUACACGAUUUUCCAUAGGGUUUCCCCCCUCUUUUGUUAUAACAAUCUAAUUUCUCACUUAUUUAUAGCAGGUUUUCCCCCUGUGUGUAGAUCCACCUAGUGAGUGUGUGUGUGUGUGUGUGUGUGUGUGUGUUUUAACCAGUCAGCUUGAUUCUGUGAACAAGCUCUUUGCCAUUCUUCCUUUGACUUUGUUUUGUGGAUAUGAGGCUGUAUAGCACUACGUCCAUCAGUCUGGAACUGAAAUAAAAAAUGUUUUUAAACGACA